UAUUGGAUACCCUUUCUCAACUUGAUCGUGUCCGAAAGCUUUGAUUGAAGUUUCAAAGAAAAAGAAAACAGACUGUUCAAUAUGAAUUCUGUUUCCUGUAUAACAAUAUUUGUGUUGUUGGUGACUUGUGUUCUUGCUUCUUCUCGUGAAAUAGAUCAAUACGAGGACGAGAAGAGCGAAAUCACACGUACACGAACUCUUACCGGUGAGGAAGGACAUCCUGCGAUGAAAGGAAUGGCAAAUAACUUAAGACCAACAACACUCACUGAACCAAUCGUUACCUUUCAAGAAAGAUCUGGAAAUGAUUUAAACGGCAUCGACAAAAAAACGACACAAAAUCCGUCUAAAAAUGCUGUUGAACCAACCCGAAUGACAUCGACAAAGCCAACAGAAAAAUCUAUUGAAGCAACCAGAACAACGUCGUCAAAGCUGACAGAAAAAUCUAUUGAAGCAAACGGAAGAACGUCGUCACAGUCAACAGAACCUUGUUCUCUAGCAUGUAGAACAACUACGACAAAUUCAACAACAACUCCUCCUUUUACCAGAUCAGAAUCGUCAAUCUUGUCUUUUGAUCUUCGUAUGGUUUUCAUUUUAGUUUUCAUCUUCGCCUUUUGAUUACAGCAAAAGAUCGUAGCUUUAAAGAAACAAUCUUUUUCAUAUUGUGUAAAGAAAUUUAAGGGUUUAUCACACUUUGGCAUUUAGUCUAGUUUCAUUUUACAAUAAAGUACAGCUUGCAUUAGAAGCUGAAUUUUCUCAACCA